AAUGCUAACUUUUCUUUUAUGGCAAUUUGAUCCCGAUUUCAGAAGACAGGUUAAAGGGCCAUUCCUGUAGUGAGUGGAGCGGACCCCCCAUCUCCAUGCAUGGGACCUGUGAUAUUAACACCGCAGAUGAGCCAUCCUUGUUGGAUAUUAUUAUUCAUCUAAGACAAACACAAAAUCUUCUUUACGAUUCGCUUCCAUUUUUCCACGCAGACUUUGGACACUUUCCAGCAGCUUCUUUAGGAUAGAGGCGGUGUUUCCCUCCCCUCCAGAAAUAUCAUAGCAUUGUUGAAAAGAAGCUGAUAAUGAAAUUGAAAAAGAGCUCCAACUACCAGUGAAAAAGAUCGCUUUCCUCACUCUCUGGAAAGAAUCCAUAUUUCAAGAUACUUCUUGUUCAACAAGCAACAAGAUAAGAUUUUUCUUCCUCUCUCUCUCUCUCUCUCUCUCUCUCUCUCUUUUCCACUUUGCGCUACUUUAAAGCCAAAUUCAUAUUUAACCACCAAAUAUUAAUUACAAAGAAAAAAUAAAGGGACACUUUUUUUUCUUCUUCUUGUUCAUUCUAUGACGAGAAAUAGAGCCUAUCCAGAAAACAGAGCAGGAAAGAAAUGAAUGGUUCUCCACCAAGAGAUAUUUCAUAUAAAGAAGAAGAAGAAGAAGAAGAAAAGAAGCAGCAGAUGGACCAUAGCAUGACGACCCAAAAGCGCCUUUGCGAUUAUUGUAACGACUCCACAGCCCUACUAUACUGCCGAGCUGACUCUGCCAAGCUCUGCUUCUCUUGUGACCAAGAAGUUCAUUCUGCAAACCAGCUCUUCACCAAACAUGCUCGCUCACAGCUCUGUGAUGUCUGUGACGACUCUCCUGCUUCGAUUUUUUGCUCCACUGAAAGCUGUGUUUUGUGCCAGAACUGUGACUGGGAAAGGCAUAGCAUUUCUUUAUCUCCUGUGCAUGAUAGGAGGCCUCUCGAGGAGUUCACUGGUUGUCCUUCUUUGACUGAAUUGCUGACCAUUUUUGGGUUUGAGGAUGUGAGCAAGAAAGCUCUGCUUUUGAGUGAGGAAAGUGGAGUUGCUGAUGGUUUUGUGGAAUCUGGGCUUGACGGUUCGCAGGAUUUUGUUGAUGGGUUUUCAGAUUUGGUUCUUUGGAACACUCCCUCUGUGGUUAGUCUUGAUGAUUUAGUUGCUUCAAAUUCGGCUCACAGCUUUCAGGCUAUGGGAAUUCCUCCUCUACCUAAGAAUCGUAAUGCUGCUUGUGGACAACACAAGGCAGAAGUACUUAAUCAGCUUCGAAAACUGGCAAAGAUGGAACCCAACUUGAGUUACGAAAAUGUGACGGAUUUUCAGCCUCUGGUGUCUGAACAAAAUUUGCAGCCGGGGAGUGUGUGUACAGGUUUUGAAUAUGAUGCAGAGCCAAAUUUAUUUCCUCGAUAUGAGACACGUCAAUAUCAGCCGUGCACUGGUAAUGGUGACACUGCAGUUGAAGAGUUUAAUCCUGAAACAUCAUUAAGGAGCUUUGUUCAGGAAAGUCAUAAUGAUUGUGACAAACAUUCAGAUACCAGUGACACUGUGUAUCAUAUCAGUGAUGGUCAUAUUGGAAAUUCACAAAAUCAUACGGGUUCCAAAUUCUUGCCAGAUUACCUGAAAGUUGCUCCACAUGAGCUAAGAACCCAGGAUAGGGAGACUGCAAUCUCACGAUACAAGGAGAAAAAGAAAACAAGGAGGUAUGAGAAGCACAUCAGGUAUCAAUCAAGGAAGGCUCGGGCAGAAAGCAGGAUAAGGAUUAAGGGACGUUUUGCUAAGGCUGAUCCAUGAAAUUCCGGUUUGACAAGAAAAUGGGGUUAAAAGAAGGACAAGGAUUGGGAGUAUUUUCUAGCUAGGGUCAUCAAAACAAGGGUAUGCAGCCAUGACAUACAUAUCUACUUUGUGUAGAUAGUUACAGAGUUCUAUUUUAAGAGAUUUGUUUUUUGCUUCCAUAAUUAUUUAUUGAGUACUGUAACAGCUUUUGUAGCUAAAAGUAUGCAUAUUACAUGGAUUGAAUCAUUCAGAAAAAUGUUACAGUGAAUAGGCUUAUUACAAUACAAUGGUUUUCUGUAUAUAUUAUUAUCAAAGUUAAUAUCCAUAUAAACCCUUAAUA